AUGGACUUACCUUCGUAAUUUAAUCUUGAACUUUAACCAGUUAGCAAUUAAUAAUUACCUCUUUUAUCAAAUUCUGAAGAAGAAAGCCAUGGUGAAAAGAGGUCUUUAUUAACUUUGCUAUUUUUCUUAGAUGUAUAUCCAAUGAUGAAGGUAUUGAGAAACUUCAUAAUCUAGCAAUCUCAAAAAGUCUCGCUUGAAAGUGAUUAAAUUAAAGAAUUAAGAUUUUAGAAGAGAUCUCUUAAAAUGCAUGAAUAGUUUUCUUCCUAUCUAUAAAAGGAUGGAAAACUUAUUAAAUAGCUUUUAUUAUUCUUUAUGUGUAAUAUUCUAUGUCAUAUUAGCUCCACUUCUAAAAGUUAUCCUAAUACUUUUAGUAUUAACAUUAGGUUAGCUUUGUAUGCCUUUAUUAAUAAAAACUGUUAUUGACUUUAUUAAGAGUGAAAAUCGAGAUGAAAAUGAUGCAAUCUAUUUGAUUUUGGCCAUUUUAUUUCUAAGAAUAAUGAAUAUUUUUUCAUAAGCACAUUCUAGAAGGAUGAUGGUAUGAGUUAAAAUAAUAUUAAAAGUUAUGUGUUGGCUAUGAUGCAAUGUCUGUAGUUAGUGUGGAAAUAAUGAGAAAAUGUUUAAGAGUUUCAUUAAUAAGUACUACUGAAUGGUCAAGUGGAGAAAUAACAAAUUUAAUAUAAGUAGAUGCUCAGAAACUAAUUUUAAUUACUAGUUACAUUUCUAGUGUAUUAAUGAUACCAUUACAAUUAGGUAAUGUAUGUUAUUUUAUAUUAUUUUAGGAAUUAGUUUAUAUUUAAUGUAUAGUAUGAUAGGGUUGUCAUUUUUGAUUGGAUGUACAAUCAUAUUGAUAAUGAUACUAUUUAAUAUAUUUACAGGUAAGUAGAUUGUUAAAUCAUAACGUAAAUUAUUGAAAGAUAAAGAUGAAAGAACUAAAAUAGCUAAUGAAAUAUUCUCUUAAAUUAAAUUUAUCAAAAUUAAUGCUUUAGAAGAACAUUUUUUGUCAAAAGUUGAGGAAGCAAGAGAGAAGGAAAUUAAAAGCAUAAAAAAUAGACUCUAUUAUUCAGCAAUUAAUAUAUUUUCUGUAUGGUUGACACCUUAAUUAAUUUUGAGUAUGACAUUUGGAUUAUAUGUUUAUUUGGGUCAUUAAUUGAAUCCUAGCACUACAUUUGCUAUAAUAAGCUUAUUUUAGAUUUUAUAAUAACCACUCCUUCAAUUACCUAUAGCUAUAAAUUCAUUGAUAGAAGCCAAACUUUCAUUAAAAAGAAUAUCAAAAUUUCUAGCUACUAAAGAUCUAAUGACUAAUUGUAUACAUACAUCAGAAUUCAGAGAUCCUACAGCUGCAGUUGAUUUUUAAAAUGCAGUAUUCUAUUGGAACAAAUAAAUUAAUAAUUCAGUUGAGCUUAAAACAAAUUUAGAAGAUUAAAAUGAAGGAAUAGAUAAUGUUAAGGAAAGUUUUUAAGCACAAUAAUCAGAAUAACCGAUAUUAAAAAAUAUAAAUUUGAGAAUAGAACCUGGAAAGUUUGUUUCAAUAAUAGGAGAUGUAGGAGCUGGAAAGACUUCAUUUUUUUAAGCACUUUUAGGAGAGAUGAUAUAUUUAGAAGGAUAUGGAUAACCUAAAAUAAGAUUAAAUGGAAAAUUAGCAUAUGUUAGUUAGAAACCUUGGAUUUAAAAUGCAUCAGUUAAAGAUAAUAUUCUUUUUGGUAAAUAAUUUAAUUAACAAUAAUAUGACAAUGCCAUAUAUUAUUCUUGUUUAACUUAAGAUUUGUAGAUUUUAAUUAAUGGAGAUUAAACUAUGAUUGGAGAAAAGGGAAUCAAUUUAUCUGGUGGUCAAAAAGCAAGAAUCAGUUUGGCUAGAGCUAUUUAUAGUGAUUCAGAUAUCAUUCUUUUGGAUGAUCCAUUAAGUGCUGUUGAUGCACAUGUUGGAAAUUUUAUUAUGAAAGAAUGCUUAUUAGGAAAAUUAAAGUAGACUACUAGAAUUCUCAUUACACAUGCUUUAAAUUAUUGUAAAUAUACAGAUUAUAUUUACUUAUUUGAAAAAGGAGAAGUGAUUGAAUAAGGCACUUAUAGAAAUAUGCUCAAAAGUUAAAAAUUUUAAGAAAUUAAAACUAAAUUUAAUAAUAAUUAUAAUGAAGAUUUAGAAGAUUCUAUAUUGAUAUCCAAUCCCUUAGAUGAUCUAAAAAAACAUUCUAAGUCUGAUAGUAAUUCUAAUUUGGAUUCUUCUACUACUAUAACUCUACCAAUUAAAUCCACUUAGUAAGAUGAAGUUGAUGAUCUUAUGAUUUUAGAAGAGAGAUAGAAAGGUAAUAUUAAUUAUGAUGUAUUCUUAUAAUACUUUGCUCAUAAUGGAGGCUGUCUAAGUUUCUCUUUGGUUAUGGUGAUUAUGAUUGUCUGGAUAUUUUGUUAUCUGGGUUCAAGUAUAUGGAUUUCAAAAUGGGCUGCAUUAUCAUCAAAAGAUGAAGAAUUUUCAAGAAAUACCUUAUACUUUUCAAUUUAUUUUACAUUUGGUUUUAUGCAAGCAUUCUUUGCUUUUCUUAGAGGAAUAACAAUCAUACAUUAAUCAAUUAAAUCAGCUUAAAUUAUUCAUAACAAAAUGAUGAAAACAUUGAUUUAUGCUCCUUAAUGUUCAUUUUUCGAAAGAGUACCUUAGGGUAGAAUUAUGAACCGACUAACAAAAGAUAUUAAUUCAUUAGAUACUGAAAUCUAUUGGAAUAUCAGUUGGCUCUAUACUAAAGUAAGUCAAUUGAUUAGUAAUACAUUUCUUAAUGUAUAUGCAAGUACAUACUUAAUAAUAUUUCCUAUUAUGGGAUUCUUUUUGAUUUGUUUUAAAAUGAACAGACUUUAUAUGAAAGCUUCCAGAGAGCUUCAAAGAUUAGAAUUAAUUAGUAAAAGCCCUAUACUAAGUUAUUUCACUGAAACCUUAUCAGGAUUAACAACAAUAAGGGCUUAUUAACAAACUAAUGAAUUUUUGUAUAAUUUUUCUAGGAAAAUAGACACCAACAAAAAAAUAUAUUACAAAUAGGUUGAAUCUAAUGCAUGGUUUUUAUAAAUCUUAGGAUUGUCUAGUCUUAUUGUUAACAUUUCAGCUAUUGUUUAUUGCAUCUAUUAUACUCAAAAUCCAGCAUUUGCAGGACUUUUAAUGACAUAUGCAUCAAAUAUAGAUGUAAACAUUCUUCAAACAGUAGAAUCUCUAAGUCUAUUAGAAAAUGGAAUUAUUUCCUUUGAAAGAUGUUUAGCAUACACAAAGUAUCUUUAAUAUAUUAUUUUUAAGUGUUAAAUCAGAGAAAAGAAAUGAAGAUAAUGUUAGAGUAUAGAAUUGGCCAAGUCUUGGUGAAAUCUAAUUUGUCAACUUCUCUGUUUAAUAUCGAUAAAACCUCCCACCUGCACUAAAUAAUUUAAAUUUCAAAAUUAAUUCUAAAGAAAAAAUUGGAGUUGUUGGUAGAACUGGAGCUGGCAAAUCAUCCAUUACUUUGAGUCUAUUGAGAAUCUUAGAAUCAUUAGAAGGACAAUUACUGAUUGAUGAUGUUGAUAUUUCAACUUUAUCACUUAAAUAAUUAAGAGAAUCAAUUACAAUCAUAUUACAAGAUGCUGUAAUAUUCAAUGCCACCAUUAAAGAAAAUCUAGAUCCUUUGGGUCAAAGAUCAAAUGAAGAAAUUUUAUCAACCAUUAAUUAAUGUUGCUUAAAUAGGUUAAUCAGUAAUAGAGAUGGAUUGAUGACAAAAAUUUCAGAAGGUGGAGACAAUCUUAGUGCUGGUGAAAAAUAAUUAAUUUGUAUAGCUAGAGCUAUUUUAAAAAAAACUAAAAUUGUUAUUAUUGAUGAGGCCACUGCAAAUAUUGAUGUGGACACAGAACAUAAGAUUUAAUAAGUUAUUUAAUCUGCAUUUCAAAAUUGCACUGUAUUAACUAUUGCUCAUAGGAUAAAUACAAUUUUACAUUGUGAUAAGUAUUAUCUAUUACUAUUAUUUUAGGAUUAUAGUCAUUGAUAAAGGGUAAUUGAAAGAAUAUGGAUUCACAUAAGAACUAUUAAACGAUAAGAAAUCUACAUUCUAUUCGAUAUAUUAAGAAGCAUUAUAAAAUGAAGCUCACUGA